AACCCACCUAGCCCCAAAUUUGAGAAGAGUACCUUAGCAUCAAUCGAUUAUAUUCCCUUAAACCCCUUGAAGGUAUAUAAGAGAAAACCAAGACUUAUUUGAGCACAACUUUCAGAUGGACUAACCUUCCAUUUUUGAUGUUCUUCUUCUUCUAAGCAGCUGCUUCUCUACAGUGCUACUUGCUAAAAUGGUUUCUUCAAUUGCCACUAAAAUCCCACUUUGCCUACACUCAUCAACCCUCAAUCACAACUCAAAUGUUGUUCACCCCAUUUCCCUCAAAACCCUUUUUCUUCCUCCCCUUUACAGUCCCAAAACCCUGACUACUCUUUACCCCAAGCUCCAAGCAGCUUCCAAAUCCCAAAAUUCAGCUAUUUUAACCUGUUCUUGGAAACCCCAGAAGGGAAUUUCCAAGUUUUUCAGUGAAAAGAUUGUUUUUUUACUUGUUGGGUCAUUCUUGUUUAUGGGUAUAAGGGCUAAACGUGUAUUCUCAUUGCCACAACCAGUUCAAGGAAGUAGUGUUGUUGAGACCCAAGAAGGAGAUAGUGAGGAAGAAGUGAUGUGUAUGAAGUUGUUGGAGAAGAAUCCGAGAGAUGUUGAUGCUUUGAAGACUAUUGUUAAUGUGAAGAUGAGGAAAGGGAAGACUAAAGAGGCUUUGAAGUAUGUGGAGAAGCUGAUUGAGGUUCAGCCUAGAGAAAUGGAGUGGAGGCUUUUGGAGGCUCUUUGUUAUGAGAUGAUGGGGCAGUUAAGUAAGGCUAAGAGGUUGUUUAAGGAGAUUUUGAAGCAGAAGCCUCUCUUGCUUAGAGCAUUGCAUGGUUUAGCUAUGGUGAUGCACAAAAACUUUGAAGGUCCCACUGUAUUUGAGAUGCUAAAUGGUGCUCUAGAAGUUGCUCGCCAGGAAAAAAGAGUCAAUGAGGAAAGAAACAUAAAAAUAUUAGUCGCACAAAUGCAUGUUGUUAAGGGUGAGUUAGAAGAGGCCUUACAGAAGUUUAAACUUCUUGUCCAAGAGAACCCGAGAGACUUCAGGCCUUAUCUGUGCCAGGGAAUAGUCUACAGUUUGUUGGACAAGAAGAAAGAAGCCGAUGAACAGUUUGAGAUAUAUCGAAGUCUUGUACCCAAAGAAUUUCCUCAGAGAGGUUUCCUUGAUGAUGUUGUGUUGGCUGCAAAGACAGAAACUAGGGAACAACUUGAGAAGGAGUUCAAGAAUGAAUUCUCUUACAAGACAUGAGAAGUUUAGUCUCCCUUGGAAGAGGUCAUGACUGGAUGGUUAAGGGUGUAUGGAGGGGGUGGUCAGAGGGUAGGAUAGAAUUAAAAACACUGCUAAUGUAGACAUACAAUAUAGUUGAAAUAUGAAGUUUAGUCUCCCUUGGAAGAGGAGUGAAGUUCUAGGACAGUACAUUUUUGUGUUAUCUCUUCUGUUGAUAUUUCUUGUUUUUUGGUAAUCGAGAAAUCCCCGUGGUCAGCUGGCAGUUCUAAAUUCGAUGGAUAAUUGAUCCA